UAAGACACAGAGCAAUGUAAAAUUUAAAUAAUAAUGCAAAAAUAAACAAGUGAGCCCCAAAAAUGGCCAUACUUCUCCUCCGCCUUCCCUCCAGCGCUCACCGAUUCCGUUUCUUUCACUACCAGCUCAUGAACUGAGCUGAGAUGAGGAUUUUAAUCUGCGCAGAGAGGAUGGAAUGACGAAGACAUUUUUAAGCUUCUACAUUUUCGUCGGUUUUCAAUUUUUCACACAAUCACGAUGACCGGUAGAAGCACUCUUACUUCUUCAUUCCUUCCUUCUCUCCCUUCCCUCAGCAAGCGAAAUCAUAGCAACAUCGCAAUUCGAUUAAGAAUCUCUUGCAAUUUCAGAAAUUCAGAAGCCGACGAGGAACUCAACUUCCGUCGAAGUCCAUUGCAUUUACUUAACCUAUCCGUAACAUUAACUGUAAUCUCAUCCUCGCUAGCUCUGCCCUCAUUAGCUGCCAUUAAUAAAGUAUCCGAAAGGAAACGUUCCAGUAAAAGGUCGGAUGCUUUAACGCCUUUGGAGCUGGAGAAAUGGUCCCAAGGUCUCCCCACCGUGAGCCAUAGGCUUCCCUAUACUGAAAUUUUGGACUUGAGGAGAGACGGUAAGCUUAAGCACAUUAUCAAGCCUCCCAGUGUGGGGCUGAAACAGCGACCCGAGGUUGUUUUGGCUGUGUUGGAUGAUUCUAGGGUUGUUAGGAUCGUGUUGCCUUCAUCAGUGACCGAUCCCAAGUUUUGGUCUCAAUGGGACGAGUUGAAGAUAGAUGACCUAUGUAUGAAUGCGUAUUCCCCUCCAUUGAAGACCCAGAACACUGUCAACCCUUAUUUAGAGUUCUUUGGGAAGAUUCCAGCUUGGUUUGUUUCACUUUCUAAACCCCGCAAACCACAAUCUAAGAAGGUGUUAGAGUUGAAAAGGGCAAGGGAAGAGAUUGUGAGGAGCAGAAAGGAGGAGAUAGAUAAUAUGAAGCGAGAGAGGGAGAUGAUGGAAAAGGCAAUUAUGACUCAGAGGAAGAUGGAAGAGAAGAUGAAGAAGAGGGAGAUUCAGCAAGCCAAGCAUCAGGAGUCCUUGCAAAGGGCAGCAGAGAAUUCUAAAAGGAUGUCAACAUUGUGGGGUGACUUAGCUUCUGAUUCAACUGUCACGACAUCUCUUGGCUUCCUCUUCUUCUACAUAUUUUACAGAACGGUUGUGUUAAGUUAUAGAAAACAGAAGAAGGAUUAUGAGGACAGAUUAAAAAUACAGCAAGCAGAAGCUGAGGAAAAAAAGAAGAUUAGGGAACUGGAAAGAGAAAUGGAAGGGAUUGAGGGUGGCGAUGAAGAGGAGGAAGGACAAAAAAGUGAGGAAAACCAAUACAUGAAGAUGGCAAUGCAGUUCAUGAAAUCAGGUGCACGUGUCCGAAGGAUUCGUAGUAAGAGAGUUCCUCAAUAUUUAGAACCUGACGUAGAUGUGAAGUUCUCUGACGUAGCUGGGCUUGGAAAAAUUAGGCUUGAGCUGGAGGAGAUUGUCAAGUUUUUCACCCAUGGGGAUAUGUAUCGCAGGCGAGGAAUCAAAAUACCUGGAGGAAUACUCCUUUGUGGUCCACCUGGGGUGGGGAAGACAUUGCUAGCAAAAGCAGUCGCUGGGGAGGCAGGAGUGAACUUUUUCUCCAUUUCUGCGUCUCAAUUUGUUGAGAUAUAUGUUGGAGUUGGCGCCUCUCGUGUUCGAGCACUCUACCAAGAGGCAAGGGAAAAUGCCCCAUCUGUUGUGUUCAUUGAUGAGCUGGAUGCCGUUGGAAGGGCACGUGGCUUGAUCAAAGGUUCCGGAGGGCAAGAACGCGAUGCGACCUUGAAUCAGCUUCUUGUGUGCUUGGAUGGUUUUGAAGGCAAAGGGGAAGUUAUUACUAUUGCAUCUACAAAUAGACCUGACAUUCUAGAUCCUGCGCUGGUUCGACCAGGACGGUUCGAUCGGAAAAUUCAUAUUCCUAUACCUGGUUUUAUAGGUCGCAUUGAGAUUUUGAAGGUACAUGCUCGAAAGAAACCAAUCGAUCCAGAUGUGGACUAUAUGGCUGUUGCCAGCGUGACUGAUGGAAUGGUUGGUGCAGAGUUGGCCAACAUUAUUGAGGUUGCUGCAAUCAAUAUGAUGAGGGAUGGAAGAACUGAGAUCACAACAGAUGAUUUGUUACAAGCUGUACAAAUGGAAGAACUGGGCAUGCUGGAUAGAAAGGAGAGGAGUCUUGAAAUGUGGAAGCAAGUAGCGGUGAAUCAAGCAGCUGUGGCUGUUGCUGCUGUGAAUUUUCCUGAUCUCAAGAGUGUAGAGUUUAUCACCAUCGCCCCACGAGCUGGCACAGAGCUAGGCUAUGUACGUAUCAAGAUGGAUGAUGUCAAAUUUAAGAAUAGAAUGCUGAGCCGGCAAUCCCUCAUAGAUAAGAUAACUGUUGACCUAGCACCACGUGCAGCUGAUGAGCUCUGGUAUGGAGAAGGCCAACUCAGUACCAUAUGGGCCAAGAAUGCGGACAAUGCACGGUCUGCUGCAAGGACUUUUGUUCUAAGUGGUCUUUCCGAUAAAGAUUAUGGGUUGUCCAACUUCUGGGUCUCAGAGAAAAUAAAUGGAAUUGAUGAAGAGGCAUUACGCAUCCUUAGCAUGUGCUAUGAUCGAGCAAAAAAGAUCCUUCGGCGAAACUGGAAACUUAUGGAUGUUGUUGUGGAUGAACUCGUUCAGAAGAAAAGUCUAACAAAGAAAGAGUUCUCGGAGUUGGUGGAGAUGCAUGGAUCUCUCGAACCAUCUCCUCCCACCAUUGUUGAUUUAAGGUUAGCAAAGAGGUCAAAGAUCCAGCCAUCAUUAUUAACCUAAUCCCAGAUCAAGACGAACUGGAAAUCAUGAAGUUUCAUUUGUGCAUAGAAAGGUGCAGGCCCCUGAUUCUACAUUGCAGAAAUGGUCUUUAAGAUCUAAUUUCAAUCAACAGUCUGUAGGCCUAUUACCUUUUGUUUUUUAGUGAAGUCUUUUUAGAUUAUUACAUCAAGUAUCUUGUCAAGAUACUCAAUGUUCGGAAACUGUGGUUAAUUGAGUUAUUGGUGUAUAGUUUUUGUGGUUCAGAACAGUUGUUGUAUUCAAUCUCGGUUAGCAAAAGUGCUGGAGUAAUAAUUCACGAUAAUGACUUGCACCUCAAAUAAAUGGAACGCCACUUUCAGUCGACCAGUUUUAUUGCCAAUAAUUUUUGUUUGAAAAGUAUAUAUUAUAAAUAAUGUUGUGAGAAGCUAUUGACA